AUGUAUCUGAUGAUGAAGAAAGCGAAGAAGAUUUACUUGGUGAUGGAGAAGACACUGAUGAUGCUUUUGAUGAUUGAGAAGCAAAAACGGAUGAGGUUCAACAUGACAGGAAUUGGACGUGGCAAAGGUCGAGGUGAAACGGGCCGUGGACGUGGCCAUUUUCAAGGACGUAGCAAUUCAGGAGCGACGUUUCAACUACAAUUGCAGCUAAGGGGAAAUACUAGAAUAUCAAGCAACCAAUUGCAAAGACCUUCUAUAGAGACCGUUUCAUCAAGAAAUCUGGAUAGAAGUGCGUAUCUUUCUCCAGAAGCUAAAAGUGGUAGUGCAUUUUCUUCCACGAACAAAAAUAGAGGAAGAGGAAAAUAUAAAUCUAAAACUGUAGAUAUUAAAACUAAUUACGGCGGAAAAAUCACAAUUACGAUCCCAGAUGACAUUGAUAGAGCAGUAGGUGCUGGGGCAAGAGAUAUUGUUAAUUACUGUGGUUUGAUCAUGAGGAGCACUAUCUCAUUCCGGGAUGGGUAUUGGCAAAAGAUUGUUUCGAAAAAUGGAGAAAUAAUGUGGUUAAUAGUUAAGGAUAAGUUUGAAGUUCUUGGCAGUGUGCGAGAGCGUGUGUUGCAAGCCUUGGUCAUCAGUACUAUGCAAAGACUUUUUAGAGCAUGGAAAAUUCGAUUGACCAGUCACUACUCUCGCCACAUUGCUGAUAGAAUUAUAUUAUCUCAUCGACCUGAAGAUGUUGAGCUCGAGGACUGGAAAUACCUAGUAGAAUAUUUUGGAAGUUCUGAAUUUAAGGCUGUAAGUGAGAGAAAUAGAAAGAACAUGGAAAAGCAGAUAACUAAGCAUACUUGUGGUAUAAGGUCUUUUGUAGAAGUAGAGGAAUCGGCGAAAAAUCCUGCCACUGGAGAAAAAGAAACACCAGAUCGAGUUUGGGAGAUCCAAUAUAUACAUAAAAAUGAUAAUGGAGAAAUUGUGUGGGUGGAUCCACAAUCCCAACAAAUUCAUGGCCAACUACAGGAACUAGUAGAUCAGCAACAAUCUGAAGAGAACGAGCAUCCCAUGACUAGAGAUGAGAUUUUAUCCUUCGUUCUCGGUGAAAGAACAAGCUAUGUUCAUAGUAAAGGGUACAGAAAGAAUCCUCCAAAAAAGAGUCACAUUCAAGCAGCAAACUUAGAGGCUAAUGUGUCUUCUGCUAUGGCAACUGUACGUCAAAAAAUGCAAGCUGAAAUGCAAGCUGAGAUGAGUCGAAAGUUGUAAGAAAAACGUGAACAAAUGGCUGCCGAAUUAAGAAGUAACAUGGAGCAAGAGUUGCAAAGGAAGUUGGAAGAGAAACUUGAGUACGUGAAUGUGGAAGUAGACAACCGGAUCAGUGUAGAAGUAGCCAAGAGGAUUCAAGAACAACUGGCUGCUAUCAUGACUGGAAUGCAACAAGUGAUCUACUCUUAAUGUUUCUGUACUCUUCCUUCCUUCUUGACUAUUCUUCUUCUUUUUUUCUUGAAUUUUGGUUCCUUCUUGGAAAUUCUUCUCUUCAUAUCUUUUGUGAGGAAUAUAAUGUGUUUGAUAAAAUACCUUCUUUUAUGAGGCACAUUGUUGCAAUAGAGUUUGGAUCCUUGUUGAUCAACCAAGUGGUAAUGGUCAGGUUGAAAAUAUUCCUACAGUUGGAUAGUUGUAGACAGAGAUUUAAAGACAGUGUUUUAAAAGCCCUUUUGGAUAUGAACAUAGUGACUUUUUUGGAUAAGUAAAA